CCUGCACCGCCUUCUCUCUCUCUGACUCCGCAGUGCUACUACUCCCCUUUGAUUGAUCACCAUGACCGCCGCCGAUUUUGACGAGUCCGAGUCCUUCAUCCCCGAGCAGGAGCUCUCCCGUGCCCGCGAGAACCCCCUGGUUUUCCAGCGCCUCGGGGAGAUCCUGGCUGACACCGGGAUUGCUCUGGCCCUGCGCUUCCGGGCCCUUUUCACUCUGAAGUACCUUGGCGGCGAGCAGGCCGCUUUGGCCAUCGAGAAGGGCUUUGCCGACCAGUCGGCCCUGCUGCGCCACGAGCUGGCCUACGUCCUUGGGCAGCUGAAGCAGCAGUGCUCGCUGCCGAUCCUGACCCAGAUCGUGGACGACUCCACGGAAGAUGAGAUUGUUCGUCACGAGGCUGGCGAGGCCCUUGCCGCCAUCGGCGACCCUUCCUCCUUUGCCAUCCUGCGCAAGUACGCUCCUGGUGGCGAGGGUGCCCUGGCCGGGGCGCCGCAGCCGCUGGUGGACACCUGCGAGCUGGCCGUCGCCCGGCUCGAGUAUGACGCCCUCUGCAUGCCGGGCGGGCCGCUGGCCGGCGAGGCGGCGGUGGCCGCUGCUGCCCGGUCCCCGGGCCCGGAUGGUGCUCCGGCCGAGCAGCCCUUCCUGACCAUUGACCCGGCCCCGCCGUGCUAUUUCGCCGACCGGGCUGCCGGGCGCCCGGCCAAGACCAUUCCGGAGCUGCGUGAGCGCUUGCUCGAUGCGAGCCUGCCUCUCUUCGAUCGGUACCGGGCCCUGUUCAGCUUGCGCGAUCUGUCUGUGGCUCCGAGUAAUGCCUCGGCCGCGGCUGCUGCGGCCGAGUCCGCCGGCCCGAUUGCCCAGGCCACCGCUGCCCGGGAGGCCGAGGAGGCGGCCCAGCAGUCCCGCGAGGCGGCCGUCCUGGCCAUCUGUGCCGGUCUGCAGGCCCCCUGCUCGGCGCUCCUGCGCCAUGAGGUGGCUUUCGUGUUGGGACAGAUCUGCAGCCCGAUCAGUGUACCGGCUCUGAUUGCCUCGCUGCAAGACGAGGCUGAGCACCCGAUGGUCCGCCAUGAGAGCGCUGAGACUCUUGGGUCCAUCGGCACGCCAGAGGUCAAGGAGAUUCUGGAGAAGUUCCAGCUCGACCAUGCUGAGGUGGUCCAGGAGAGCUGCCAGGUGGCCCUGGAUAUGUGCGAGAAUGAGGACAUCAACAUCUUCAACUAUGCUGAGAUUGCUCGUGCCGCCAACUCCGCAUGAUGACACUGGUCGAUUCCCUCCUUUCUCCGCCGUUCAUACUGUGGGGCGGCCAGAGGUGCUCCUCUCGGCUGGGGUGGGUGCUCCCCUCCCCCC